CCCCCAUGUCAACGUUGUAAUGGACCACGCCAAUGGGCCCAGCAAUGCCCGAAAGAGGAUGUCCUGCGGAUACCUCUGGUGAGACUUUUGUGGAGGAGAGGAAGCGGCUGAGGAUGUCCUUCUCCGUCAAGAGGAUAAGAAGGGGAGGAGGCAUCUGUCUCUUGGGUUUGAGUUGAGUUGGGUGACCGAGUCUUUGACCCUUCUCCUCCACUACCCUCAAGUCACGUCGAGACCGUCUAGCUCUUCCACGAUGCAACUUCUCAAGGGCAUCCAGACGGGUUGGGUGCUUGCCACUCUUCUGUGGACAGGCGCCCCCGUCACUGCACGCCCACAUCAGCAACCGCAGCAGGGACCCCUCGUGAGGAAAGAAUGGCGCACCCUCUCCAACCACGAGAAGUCCUCCUACCUCUGCGCCGUGAAGUGCCUCAUGCGCAAGCCGGCCCUCACCCCCGCCUUCGACAACACGGGCGUCAUCAGCCGCUACGACGACCUGGUCUACACCCACAUCCUACAAACCUUCGACAUACACUACACGGGCCACUUCCUCGCCUGGCACCGGUACUACGUCGCCGUCUAUGAGCGCAUGCUGCGCGACGAGUGCCACUACCAGGGCGCCCAACCCUACUGGGACUGGACCCUGGACACCCCCGCCGACCAGUGGGCGGCGUCGCCCAUCUUCGACCCCGUCACGGGCUUCGGCGGGAACGGCGCCCCCGUCGCCGGCGACCCGACCAACCCGAUGGAGGUGCCGGGUCGCACCGGUGGCGGCUGCGUCCAGGACGGUCCCUUCGCCGGCAUCCCCGACAUGGUCCAUCUCGGCCCCAUGGACUCGGUCACCUACAACCCGCAGUGUUUGAAGCGCGACUUCAGCCCGUAUUUUGCUGGCCGCUACCUGGCCAUGAACCAGACGCAGCUGACCCUGGCCGCGCCAGACUUUGGAGCCUUUGGUAGGGUGGUUGAGGGUGGCCCCAGCUUCGACGCCUCUGGUGUCCACGGCGGUGGCCACUAUGGCGUGGGUGGUACAUAUGGGCAAAUCGGUGACCUCUACACCUCCCCCGCCGAUCCCAUCUUUUACCUCCACCACGCCAACCUCGACCGCGUCUGGUGGUCGUGGCAGAAGCUGGACCUCGGUGCCCGGUUGACCGACAUCUCCGGCCCUAUCUUCCUGAUGGAUUACGAGAACCUCAAGGGUGGCAACGUGACGCUGGAGUUCCCGCUGUCCGCUGGGGUCAGUGCCGCCAAUGUCACGGUUGGCGAUGUCAUGAACAUUGCGGCGUGCGGCCAGAACGGUGUGUUGUGCUACGAGUACGACGAGGUCUACACACUACAGGGUUAAACGGUAUGUUGGACUAUGGAGAUAGAGAACGGUGCAGGGUUUGGAUUAAUCUAGUAUUAUUGAUCUAUCGUCUACAAAGAGACGCUAAUAAGACGGAAUAUUUCCCAAGAUAA